GGCAGGACGCGCUCGGGGAGCCGGGAGGGCGCGCGCACCAUGCCCUCCUUCGACGAGGCUCUGCAGAGGGCCGGCGAGUUCGGGCGCUUCCAGCGGCGCGUGUUCCUGCUGCUGUGCCUGACCGGCGUCACCUUCGCCUUCCUCUUCGUCGGCGUGGUCUUCCUGGGCAGCCGGCCCGACCACUACUGGUGCCGCGGCCCGAGCGCCGCCGCGCUGGCCGAGCGCUGCGGCUGGAGCCCCGAGGAGGAGUGGAACCGCACGGCGCCCGCCCGCCGCGGCCCCGCGCCCCCCGAGCGCCGCGGCGACGGCCGCUGCCAGCGCUACCUCCUGGAGGCGGCCAAUGCCAGUGUCACCGCCGCCGCCGCCGCGGGCGCGCUCAGCUGCGCCGACCCGCUCGCCGCCUUCCCCAACCGCUCGGCGCCGCUCGUGCCCUGCCGGGGCGGCUGGCGCUACGCCCAGGCCCACUCCACCAUCGUCAGCGAGUUUGACCUCGUGUGUGUCAAUGCGUGGAUGCUGGACCUCACACAAGCCAUCCUCAACCUGGGCUUCCUGACGGGAGCGUUCACCUUAGGCUACGCGGCGGACAGGUAUGGCAGAAUAGUGAUUUACUUAAUAUCCUGUUUCGGUGUUGGCAUCACUGGUGUUGUGGUGGCCUUUGCACCAAAUUUCCCUGUGUUUGUGGUCUUCCGCUUCCUACAAGGCGUGUUUGGAAAGGGGACGUGGAUAACCUGCUACGUGAUUGUGACAGAAAUAGUGGGUUCAAAGCAAAGACGGAUUGUGGGAAUAGUGAUUCAAAUGUUCUUCACCCUGGGAAUCAUAAUUCUCCCCGGAAUUGCCUACUUUAUCCCCAAUUGGCAAGGGAUCCAGCUAGCCAUAACGUUGCCGAACUUUCUCUUCCUCCUUUAUUACUGGGUAGUUCCUGAAUCUCCCCGCUGGCUGAUUACUCGAAAAAAAGGAGAUAAAGCAUUAAAAAUCCUGAGGAGCAUUGCCAAAUGCAAUGGAAAAUAUCUCUCACCGAAUUACUCGGAGAUCACUGUUACAGAUGAGGAAGUUAGUAAUCCAUCCUUUUUAGAUCUGGUGAGGACUCCCCAAAUGAGGAAGUGCACACUUAUACUUAUGUUUGCUUGGUUCACGAGUGCAGUGGUUUACCAAGGACUCGUCAUGCGCCUGGGAAUUCUAGGAGGCAACCUUUAUAUAGACUUUUUCAUCUCAGGAGUCGUGGAACUGCCAGGAGCUCUCUUGAUCUUACUAACCAUUGAGCGUUUGGGACGACGCCUUCCCUUUGCAGCAAGCAAUAUAGUGGCAGGCGUGGCAUGCCUUGUCACUGCUUUCCUACCAGAAGGAAUACCAUGGUUGAGGACCACAGUUGCCACCUUGGGAAGACUAGGGAUAACCAUAGCCUUUGAAAUUGUUUAUUUGGUAAAUUCAGAAUUGUACCCAACAACAUUACGCAACUUUGGAGUUUCUCUCUGUUCGGGUUUAUGUGAUUUUGGGGGCAUCAUAGCCCCGUUUCUACUCUUCCGGUUAGCAGCCGUCUGGCUGGAACUACCUCUUAUCAUCUUCGGCAUCCUGGCAUCUGUCUGCGGGGCUCUCGUGAUGCUUUUGCCUGAAACCAAGGGUAUUGCCUUACCAGAGACAGUGGAUGAUGUAGAAAAACUUGGCAGUCCACAUUCCUAUAAAUGUGGCAGGAAAAAGAAAACCCAAGUUUCCAGCUCUCACCAUGAGGCCCCCUCCCAAAGAUGAAAGGAAGGCACUAUUCAGCAGGUUGAACCCCCCAAGGAACCGACGUGCCUUGCAGAGACAUGUGUGUCCUGUUUCCGCUGCAUUGAGCUGUGCAACUCCAGGUGUUUUUAAUACUCUACAGACAUUCAAAUUCUCCAGAGUAUUUUUAUAUAAUGGAUGAAUUCAGAUUUAUAGUGCUAUCGAAGUUUCUGGGAACACAUAGUAUGUGGCUGGUUUAGCAAAGAGCCUGUGGUGUGCACAGCUCCUCCUGAGGUUAUUUCUUACAUUGGAGCGUGUCUCUGACCCGUUCGGUUACAGAGGGACAAGAGAAGCCCCCAUCCGAUACUCAUGACAGCUCCAUCAAGAAUGCAGGACAGGCAAAUCAAGGAUCUGGGAAAAGCGUACAGAAAUGGGUUCAGCAAAUCUGUUCAAGGAACUAAGGCUCUGAACUGGGUGUUCUGAAGAAGCCAGGGAGGAUGAAGAUUUGGGAAUCUUGUUAAUGAAGAGACUGAAUCUAAGGACCUUGGGCCACAUGGUUCUUUGCGUUCUCCUCUCACCUUGAACUUUGUAAGCCACUGUAGCAUCUAGGGUUGCAGGCAUGUUCAGACCUCGUUCCAUAAAUAAGAACAAAUCUGCUGUACAGUUUGAGGAGUUGGCUUUAUUAUUUAUAAAAUCAGGUUUGGUCCUGAGAAGAUGCAGAAUAGUUUUGGUCUUCCUUUAGUGGACACCUCGAGCCGCAUAUUUAGUUCUUUACUGAACAAAACCCAUGGAUUAUGAUUUCAUGGGUCUUGGGAUUUUAGUCAUAAAGGGUUGUUUAUCUUACAUUUGUGAGUUCAGUUCUACGAUGGUGCCCACGGUCAAGAGUGAAAAACAUGGAUAGUUCUCAUUCAAUCUUGACACUUUUAACUUGUCUGGGGAGGAAGCUUACAUUUUAAUUAAAAAGUGGUCAAUUAUAUCCAUGCUUAAAAGAAUUAGCACAAGCUUUAUAAGUGACUUUAUAGAUACUAAUAAGGGAUUUGAUAUUUCUUUUUUUGUCACUGAGAUUUUUUAAAUGUGGAGCUUAAAUACAAAUAUGCUUUUUCUGAUGUUAUAUUUGUUAUAUUUUCAGAUUCAGUAUAUAUCUCAUGCAGAAUUUUGUAACGAAUUAUUUUGUGUGGAUGGGCAAAAUGGUCAACAAAGGGAAAUCUUGCCAAUGAGGAAGAAAAUUCUAUGUGACCACGACAAUAUGUACGAUGUGUGUGCUAAUUGUAAAUAAGGUUUUUAAUCCUUAAACCACAUCAGAAUUGAAUACACAUGUUUAUUUUUCAAUGAAAUAAACAUGCCCUUUGAGAAUGGAAUGCUGCUUUACCCUUUAUCCACACACACUUACAUCUUUGCUUUCUUUGCAUUUCUCUUUGCUGUAAGAUGACUGUUGCUCCUAGAUACUAUCACUUUUGACUUGUAUUUUGAAGUGAUAUUUUGGUUCUGGUAACAAUAAAAAAUUUUAAAUUGUCAAGAAAAAUCAAAGCUCUUCCUUUCUCCUCC